UUUAUCAUAUCUCUGUAUACAUACAACAUGACACCAUUUUAAAAUUACCGCAAAAACUUAGAAUGUCAAAUAUUGAAAAGGUCAAAGUUCCAUAUCAAUAUCGUAAGUUCAAAGACACGUAAACAAUAUGUUUCUAUGCCUCCUCUCUUCCACUUUGAUGACUACGACCGAUGUAUGCUCCGCGGAGAUGACAGUCUGUACUGUUCGAUUACAUUUCAGUUGUAUCAAAAUGAGUCAUCGAAUGUGACCGAAAUUUGGAAUACAAUAGAGAAAAUAAGUUCAAAACCCAGUAAUUACAGACAUGACUUACUAAGACAUGGAGUAUGUAUUCCAGAAGCAUGUCCAAAAGCAUUACAGAUUGGCAACUAUUCCUCUGAUAAUUUAGGAGUGGCUGUUGAUAGUCUAGCCGAUUGUUACAAUGAGAAGUAUUUCCAGCUAGGGAUCAGAGGAAAAGUAGUCAAAAUACACUGUGACAAUACAAGAUCUGCACGUGUGGUUGACAUUUAUGACAUAUUAUUUGGAGUUUUUAUCGUUUUAUACUUUAUAUUUAUCGCUGUGGCGUCAUUGUAUGAAGGUGCAGCUAGAUACAAGCUAAAACACGAAUACGAACGAAUUACAAGAUCUGGAUAUGGGCGGGUUUUAGCAGCAUUUUCGCUUCCAAAGAAUUUUUAUAGACUUAUGGAUCACACUCCAAAAAAUCCAGACGACAUAUCUUUAAGUUGUAUACAGGGAGUUCGUUUUUACAAUAUGAUGUGUGUUAUUUUAGCGCACACGAUUAUGGUUCAGUUUGCAACACCAGUGUCUAACCCUAUAUACAAUGAAAGUGUACAUACGAAUUUUUUAAAUGCAUUCAUAACAAAUGGUGGGUAUGUUGUGCAAACCUUUUUUUUAAUAUCUGGAUGGCUAUUAACAUACAAAGUAUACUGUACAUUCGAAGGAAAACAAAAAUUGAGAAUCCAAGAUCUUUUCAGCAUCUUUAUUCUUCGAUAUCUAAGGUUAACACCGACCUUAGCUUUCGUUGUUGCAUUUCAUUGUACAUGGCUAAUUCAUAUUUCACGUGGUCCAUUUUGGGAUAAAAUAAUAGGUGAUGAGUAUAGAAAUUGUCGAAAAAAUUGGUGGACCAAUUUACUAUAUAUUAAUAAUUACGUAAAUAAAGAAGAAAUGUGUCUUCAGCAAACUUGGUAUUUGGCAACUGAUACUCAGUUAUUUUUAAUAUUUUUGAUAGUAAUAUAUGUAAUGAAAUCAGCUGAGAAGUACUGCAAGUUAAUUAUUGCAAGUACUACAGCAGUUGGCAUUUUGAUUCCUGCUGUAAUUAGUUACGUAAACAAUUACGACAUAUUAGUUCGACAGUUUCCCGAGGUUUUGUAUAAUUACACCCUUCAAAUUCCCCAAUGGCACAUCAUGUAUUCAGCGUCUUAUUCAAAUAUUACAGGUUAUGCGUUAGGUGUUAUGUUUGGAUACUUCUUCUACAAAACGAACAGGAAAAAUGUAUUUAAAGCGAAGAUAUACGUGAUCUUAUGGUGGAUCCUUUCAUUCGGGUUAUCCAUUUCUGUAAUCCUUGUUGCCGGAAAAAUGUACCAAGACAAUUAUUCAUAUACUAGAUUAGAAUCAGCUCUGUACUGGGGCUUCGGAAAAUACGUUUUCGGGUUAGGACUUGGCAUUGGAAUAUACGGAAUGACUCAAAAUAUUGGAUGGUUUUGUGUUUGGGUUUGUCGUUGGCCACCAGCACAGGUUCUUGGCCGAUUAACAUUUAGUGCAUAUUUGAUUCACGUUACUUUGAUAAGAUUAAGAAUAGCUGUUCACCGUCAACCUCUUUACACGAAUGAAAUGUUACUGGUGCACAGUUGGCUGGGCGAUGUAGCUAUCGCAUACUUGUCGGCAUUGGUGGUUACUCUCUUCAUAGAAAUGCCAGUAUCUGCAUUACAAAAAAUUGUCUUGGAUAAAAGAACAUAUUAAAUAACAAAACAUAUAUACAUGUAUAUAAGUA